AUGAAGUCCAAAAGGGGCUCCAUGUCCGGCAUGCCAUACUCCCCCAAUUACAACGGUUACACCAGUCCCAGGCUGCAGCAGCGGUCCCAGUUCUACUCCAAUUACCAGCCCGUGUUACUAAAUGAUCCCAAUCCAAUUUUACCAAGCGAUCGUUUUUCCUACUUUAUGUCACCAAUGCCACUCAAUUGUCUGCAAUGGGCCCAAAGAGGCGAUUAUGAGUGUAUAGCGUUGAGCACAUACAAGGAGGGAUUCACAAACAAGAUCCAGAUAGUCCAUGGAAGUGGAUAUAGAAGCGAAGACGGCGAAAAGGACAGAAUGAAUGACACUAGAACCACCAGUGGAGACACCAGAAGUGACACCAGAACCACAUCCAGUGGAGACACUAGAAUUAGAGCUGACACCAGCUCCAACAGCUCCACCAGAUCCACUUUUGACGGUUUUGACUUUAUGCUUGCGGCAGACGUCAAUGUGGAGUACCCUGUUACCCAGCUUCAAUGGGACCCCAGAAUAGCUCACGAGAGCACCGCUAGGUUGGCAGCGCUGCUGGAAGUUUUACGGUUGUUUGCCAUAACCGAUAACGACGGAGAACCGAGGCUCGAACAGACCCAUACGCUUGCGAAUCCAGCACCCAAUACCAGUGGAAAUUCGUCUCUGGAAAACGUCAAUACGCUUCCUCCCGUCACCUCGUUCGACUGGAACUCCACCGACCCCAGCAUCAUCAUCACUUCUUCCGUAGAUACCACCUGCACUUUAUGGGAUGUCAAUCGAGCCCACGGCGACUCCAAAUCCGGUCUCGAUGUAGCCAGUGUCAAGACCCAGCUUAUCGCCCACGACUCCGAGGUGUUUGACGUCAAGUUCAUCCACAACUCAACCAACGUGUUUGCGUCGGUGGGCAACGACGGUUCCAUGAGAGUUUUCGACCUCCGGUCGCUCGAGCACUCCACCAUCAUUUAUGAGCCUGGACCGGCUCUGCUCACCAAUACCGGCCCCGGUCCUGCUUCCAGUUCUCCGUUGGCACGAGGAUCAACCCCAUCACAGCAGCUGCCACUAACUUCAUCAAAUGCACUUUUGAGGCUUUCUGCUUCCAACAUCGACCAACACCAUCUCGCAACCAUCGGUGCGAAUUCCAAUAAUGUGAUAAUAAUCGAUAUGCGAAUGCCCGGAUUGCCGCUAGCAACCCUCGACGCUUCUCUCGGAGCCACAAAUAGCGGUGCUAUCAAUUGCUUGACAUGGCACCCAACAGCCAAUUACUUGCUUACCGGCGGAGACGACUGCCAGGCGCUCAUAUGGGACUGUAGCAACCUCCAAGCACCCAAGGGCCAACUCAUGGAAACGGCAGCUACAGACGCACCUGUGCUUUCGUAUGAGGAAGACUUGGAGGUCAAUUCUGUGUGCUGGCGGAGCCUGGGAGAGUGGUUUGGGGUGGUGAGUGGGAAGGGUUUUCAGGCUGUGCUGAUCGGAUAA